ACGCCAAACGAAGCCUUCCCCUCUGUCCACGCUCCCCGAGCGAACCCCACUCCGACCUCCUGCCCGCCUCUUCUCUCGGAGAGCCCGAACCCCGAAGCUUCCGCCGGUGAAAAGGGGUGCUACCGACUCGCAGCCGGGCGUCUCCAUGGCAGGGCAACCACCACCUGGCGCCGAGGACGACUUCCUCGACCAUUUCUUCAGCAUCCCGUCAUCGUUUCCCGCCGCCGGCCAAGGCGGGGCUCCUGCUGCGGACGGAGACCACCACCCCUUCCCGCUCGCCCUCAGCCUCGAAGCCGCCGCCGAGGCCUCCGGUGGCGCCAGACGCCUCCAAGACGGUCCCGACGUCGCCAGGGCGGAGCGGGACCCCGUGCAGCUUGCUGGUCUCUUCGCCCCGGUGUUCGCCGGCGCAGCGCCGCAUCUCCGCCCCGCGCCGCCUUCCCAGGUGUUCCACGCCCAGCCGAGGCUGGGUGAGGGAGCGAUGGUGCCGCAGCCGCACCAACCGCCAGCACCCCGGCCUAAGCAGCGGGCACGGCGGGGGCAGGCUACCGAUCCCCACAGUAUCGCUGAGAGGCUAAGAAGAGAGAGAAUAGCAGAAAGGAUGAGGGCCUUGCAGGAAUUGGUCCCAAACACAAACAAGACAGAUAGAGCAGCUAUGCUCGACGAGAUCCUUGAUUAUGUGAAAUUUCUUAGGCUUCAAGUCAAGGUUCUGAGUAUGAGCAGAUUGGGUGGUGCUGGUGCAGUUGCUCAGCUGAUUGCUGAUAUCCCACUCUCAGUUAAGGGGGAGGAGGCAAGUGACAGUGGGGGCAAACAACAGAUUUGGGAAAAGUGGUCGACCGAUGGCACAGAAAAGCAGGUAGCAAAGCUGAUGGAAGAAGACAUCGGGGCAGCGAUGCAAUUCCUCCAAUCCAAAGCGCUGUGCAUGAUGCCAAUCUCGCUUGCGAUGGCUAUCUAUGACACGCAACAUCUGCAGGACGGCCACUCAAUGAAGCCUGAACCCAACAGCCAUUCGUAGUAUAGGAACGGUAACUCUAGCACGCACCUCUACUACUACUAGGCGUCGACCUAUCCAAAGUAUAGGAUAUACUGAACACUUUGUUCUGCUAACAAAGAGCAGGGGAAGGACCUAAAGAUCCCUAUCCUGUCGUAGUACCCAUGGUAUAUGAUAUAUGAUGUCUCGUCCCCUUUUCUUUUGUUCAAAGGUGCUUUGAUUGCAAAGAUAUGGCUCUGUUCAUGCUCCUACGUCUUUCAAUGCCCCUAUGAGUGUGAGUGAUGGGUAGAACUACCAAAGAGUCUGGCAUGCUCUCAUUUUGUUUCCUUUUGGGUCUGUAGCGCACUAGCCAUACACUUUGUGGCGGGGCCGCCUGGUCGCCCUUUUAGUAGUGGAUGUUUGGACUAAUGAAAAGAGGUUGAUGUAUGUGUGAAGUCUGCGCAAAAUGGUUGACAAAAUCUGAAAGAAUGUUUCAGAUGGAAGAUGAUGUUGAUGGUGAAUGGGUGGUGAUAUUUCUUGUCUAUUUUUCCAAAGUGGAAACGGAUGUUUGGUCAAUGGAAGCCGAGCGUGCAUUAAUCUGCUUGUUAGUGGGAGCGUGCUCCUUGUGUACUUUGCUUUUUGGUCUGCAAGUCGUAGUCUUGAUAAGAACAGCAAUAUAAAGUUUCAGCCUCCCUUGUAUUAUUGGCUCACUCAUGGAACAAUGUAUAUCAUCUGUGCUGACAUAGCAUAAGUCCAGGAUUUAUACUUCUAUC